CGAUCGUACAGCUGGCUCCCGUGCUCCGCCCAUUCCGGGGUGCCUUGCGCCUGCUUUUUUCACGUCAGCGGAAGUUGUUUACUUUUGGCUCGGACAACGCCGCGGUUCUUCGUUAGCGCCCCAGGGUAGGCUCAGGCUUCCCCUCGCGAUGCUGCCCCGUCAGUAGACCCUGCUCGGUCCGCAAGCGGGCCCACGCCCACAUGCUGCCAUGGUGUGCCCCGUGCAGUUUUUGUGCCGGGCACUCUGCACUGUGGGCCUUGUCCUCUUUUACUAUGUCUUCUCCAUUGGCAUCACCUUUUACAACAAAUGGCUGAUGAAGGGCUUCCAUUUCCCUCUCUUCAUGACCCUGGUGCACCUGUUCAUGAUAUUCUGCUUCUCUGCACUGGUACGUUCAGCUAUGCAUUGCUGGACUGGCAAACCCAGAGUUGUAAUGAGCUGGAAAAUCUACAUCACCAAAGUGGCACCAAUGGCCCUGGCUACAGCCUUGGAUAUAGGCCUGUCUAACUGGAGCUUCUUGUUCAUCACCAUCAGCCUAUACACUAUGACCAAGUCUUCAGCUGUUCUAUUCAUCUUGUUGUUCUCUUUGAUCUUCAAGUUGGAGGAACCCAACCCAUUCCUGAUUGUGGUGGUUCUGCUAAUUUCAAGUGGCCUGUUCAUGUUCACCUUCAAGUCUACCCAGUUCAACCUUGAGGGCUUCAUCAUGGUGCUUCUGGCCUCCUUCAUUGGAGGCAUACGCUGGACCCUCACACAGGUUCUCAUACAGAAAGCUGAACUGGGUCUUCAGAAUCCAGUGGACACCAUGUAUCACCUUCAGCCACUCAUGUUCAUGGGUCUUUUCCCCCUGUUCAUCUACAAUGAAGGUCUGAACCUUAGCACCACAUCGAAGCUGUUCCGGGUGAGUGAGGUGUCUGCACUCGCAUACUCCCUGUUCACGUUAUCGGUGGGGGGCAUUCUUGCCUUCGGCCUUGGCUUCUCUGAGUUCCUGCUGGUCUCCCGUACUUCCAGCCUUACACUGUCCAUUGCAGGCAUAUUUAAGGAGGUGUGCACUCUGCUGCUGGCAGCAGAGUUUAUGGGGGACAAGAUGAGUGCUCUGAACUGGCUAGGCUUUGUCAUCUGCCUGUCUGGGAUCUCACUGCAUGUAGCUUUGAAGACCUACUUCUCCAAAGGUAAGAGCACCACCCUCAGGCAGUUGCCCAAUAAAGAGUGUCCAGACAUGGAACUUCCACUAUUGCACCAAGGCGAAGAGGAUGACAAUGAAGAUGCUGAAGAGGAGGAACAGGAGAUUCUGCACUGACUGACGGGCAUAAGGGGAAACUUCAUUGCUAUUUUCAGGCACACAUGAGGAAAUUAGGAAUAUGGAUCCACCACAGUUAGUUUUGCAGCAAACAUUUCAACCGCCUGGUAGAGGCCUUACAUAUUUUUUACAUUAUGGCCUAAUGAACCAUCUGCUUGUCUGAGUAUCAAUGAAAAUUUAUUAUAAUUAAAAUCAGUUGAUAUAUCAACAACCAACCUGUGUGCCUAAGAAAACAAGGCAUGUGAAAAAGCUUCUGGUGACCAGCGAGACUUAACUGCCUUGCCUGUAAGCAAUAGGUUUUCUAGAGACCAAAACAAAUAUUUUGUUUGUUUUCAUUAUUUUGAAAUAGGACCAACAAUUCUGCGUAAUAAUUUGAAAUUCUUUUGAUAAUUUAUUUAAAGCUGUAGAAUAUAUCACUGUGUAUGUGAAUUAGUUUUUUUUCCCCAUCACUGGAAAAAAAUGAACGGUUGCUCUCAGUUUUUGUCCUGCAUUUUAAUAUGAUUGUGUGACAUUUUAUUUAAUGUCAAUACAACAGCCAAAACAGGAGAGAAAUAAACACAUUGGUUAGUGUUUCGAAAGAAUCUGCCUUUCCUCUGGCAAGAUUUGUUGGUUAGCUAGAUAACUUGUCAGAUUUAAAGUACCCCAGUUUAAUUUGACUAUUUUAUUUGCUUACAUUUACCCCAGUCCACUUCAAAUGAGACCAGUUAUCUGGCUAACUCAAAAAUCCAGCUUUGCGAUACAGGCUCCUGGAUAUAUCUUGUGCAAGAUAGCUUAAUUAGAUUUACUUAGCAAAUUAAGUAAAAGGGUUGUCUGUUACGGUGUUUUUUGAUAUUUUCAAUUGAUAUUUGGGAGCAAAUUGUGGUUGUUGAUGUUAAAAGGUAUAAUGAUAAAACUAGCGCUGGUCACUUCAACGCCUUGACGCUUGUGAUUAAUCUGGCAACCUUAACCUGCUAUUUUGUUUUUAAAGCAAAUUAACCCACUGACAUCGGUGGUCCUGCCCACAGGAUGAAACGGAAAUCUCACCAAACCAUCUAAAAAAAAAUUAUGAGAUUUUAUCAUAGACACAAAAAAGACCCCAGAAACCUUGAACAGUUAAAUGUAUAUAGGUAGAAACUAAAUAUCUUUUUUGUAAGGAGAAUUUUAAAAAUUAGUCACUGACUUGAUGAGUCUGGAAGCAGUCCUGAUCGCCCACCUAUUUACAAAUACUGUUAUUCCUAUAAUAAUGAUACAAUAACCCAACAAUUUGACUCGCAUAAAUAGCAUGUGUCUGAAUUAUACUGGCUGAGAAGUUUCACUGAGGAAUUGAUAAACAUGCAUCUCUUCAAUUCAUGGAAAACUGCAAAUUCAGAUAAGCAGUAAGUUUGUAAAUCACAAAAUGUCACUUGUUUUCCAAUACUGUAAUAACAUGACUUUAAAAAGAAAAAAUAUAUGCAAACUGUUGGUAACUAGGUUGUUCUAGUGUUUUGCAAUACGUUUAUGAGACUUUUUUUGCAAGUACAAGAUCAUUUGAUUUAACUUGCAUUUCUCAAAUUACAUGUCUUAAAAUAGUAUAGAUUGUAUUUAUUGAAAAUAAAAUAUUUUGUGUAAAAUAUUAACUUUAGAAUUAAAACACUAAUUCACAUAAAUGGUA